AUGUCGUACACGGUCCGCAUCGCCACCCUGUGCCUCCUCGCUUCGGCUACCGUAGCCCAACUGAGCCUCGGCUCAAACGAGCAAGCCGCCACUGACUGUCUCCAAUGCCCCAACCCAAUCGGAGACAUCAAGGCACUGGCUUGUGCUGUUGAUUGGAUCUCCAAACUGCGUAUCCUCAACAAGACAACCACUACCAUUGGAGGACAAACUGUUGAUGCUUACACCCUGGAACAUCUUGAUAUUCUGAAGGGAACCCUCGAGAUCCCCUCUCUGAUGAUUGUGCCAAAUGGCCCCUGUGGACUCGUGCUCAAUGUUGAUGCUGAGUACCUCAUCUCUGGUGUUCUGGCUGGAAAGAGCGCUCUUUUCACGAAUCUGUGCCUUCAAAUCCUCCAGACUGCCGAGCCACUUCUCGACAAGGUCAACCAGGGACUUCUUGGAGAGGUGUCUGAUCUUCUCUGCAGUGUCUUUGAUAUCCUUCCCACCCUUGACACGUGGUUGGCUGGAAAUGGAGGUCUUCUCGGACAUCUUCUUGGAGCCAACGGAAAUCCGCUUCUCGAUGGUCUGAUCGGUGGCCCAUCUGGAGCCCCUGGUGUUGUUGAUGCUCUUCAUCUCUUCUUCUCAACCGACACAAUGUCGUACACGAUUCGCAUCGCCACCCUGUGCCUUCUGGCUUCGGCUACCGUAGCCCAACUGGGCCUCGGCUCAAACGAGCAAGCCGCCACUGACUGCCUCCAAUGCCCCAACCCAAUCGGAGACAUCAAGGCACUGGCUUGUGCUGUUGAUUGGAUCUCCAAACUGCUGUCUUUGAUAUCCUUCCCACCCUUGACACGUGGUUGGCUGGAAAUGGAGGUCUUCUCGGACAUCUUCUUGGAGCCAACGGAAAUCCGCUUCUCGAUGGUC